UCUUUUACAAGUACUGUUUGAGAGGAUCCGCAUCCCAAACCUAAACCUCACUGUUGCUCCCCGGGCGUCCCGUAACUCCCCUUGCCUCUCUCUCGCGCCGGCGGCGGCGGCUCCGACCUUGUCCUCUUGGCGCCCGCCGGAGCUUAACAAGAAGAUGGCAGUUGCUAGUGUCAUGGCUUCUUGUUCAGGUUCACUUUUGUUCAUGCCUCAUAUGAUAUCAAUUCCUUCUCACUGGCGGCCCUGCAAGUCCAAAAUUUGCCAUGUUAAGAUUCCAGGAAGUUGCAUUCAACGGCCAAUUUCAUAUUUUAGGCCCAUAUGUGCAUCAAUAAGAAGUAAUGACCAUUAUGGAGAUGGAUUUGAUAGAGAACCAUUUUGGUUGAGUGUGGUAAAGGGUGUUGCAAUGUGUUUGAAAUCCUUGGCAGUCUUCUUGGCUGAGCAGCCUAGUCAGUUGAAGUACAUUGAAUGGCCAGGAUUCCAGAACACGUUGAGGACAUCUACCCUUACCCUUGUUCUUGUGGCCUUGCUCAUUGUUGCUUUGUCUUCUAUCGACGCAUGUCUCUGCUAUAUAUUGGCGUUGCUGCUCAGAAAAACUGCUUAGUUACAUGUAUGUGUUAAGUCGUAACUCUUCUGGUCCUUUGUCAUUGACCUUCUUUUGUAUGUUUCUCAUUAGUUUGCGUGUAGAAAGACCCAUGCAAAUAUCACCAGCAAAGCUGUUACUCGGAUCAUAUAGUGCUUUUGCCACUUACGAGACUACUUCAAAGAUUGGAUUAUAGUUCA